AUGCAUCACGGCGCCUCAUCAAGCCGGAGAAAAGGCCGUGCCCCAAGACGUCGCCCGCCACAGCCGUCGUCGUCACAGCCACCGCCACAACCGCCAAGACCACCGAGGAGGAGGUUUCGUCCGGGCACCAGGGCCCUGCAGGAGAUCAGGAAGUACCAGAGGACCACCAACCUUCUCAUCCCCAAAGCGCCGUUCUGUCGCCUGGUCCGUGAGGUGUGUCAGAAGAUGGGCAGAGGGUCUCUCAGGUGGCAGGUGUUGGCUCUGAUGGCCAUGCAGGAGGCAGCCGAGGCCUUCCUGGUCAUGUUGUUGUCCGACGCCUACUUGUGCACCUUGCACGCCAACAGGGUCACCUUGUUCAACAAGGACGUGCAGCUGGCACGCAGGAUACGAGGAAUACAUGACAUUUGACUCCUUUCUCUUUUGCUUCCUUAGGUUAGAAACAUUGUGUCUUUAUCUUGUUCUGUUGUGUCUUUAUGUUCUGUUGUGUCUUUAUCUUGUUCUGUUGUGUCUUUAUCUUGUUGUGUCUUUAUGUUCUGUUGUGUCUUUAUCUUGUUCUGUUGUGUCUUUAUCUUGUGUCUUUAUGUUCUGUUGUGUGUUUAUCUUGUUCUGUUGUGUCUUUAUUGUGUUGUCUCUUUAUCUUGUUCUGUUGUGUCUUUACGAUGUUCUGUUGUGUCUUUAUUGUGUUGUGUCUCUACGUUGUUCUGUUGUGUCUUUAUUGUGUUGUGUCUUUACGUUGUUCUGUUGUGUCCAUACGUUGUUCUAUUGUGUCUCUAUGUUCUGUUGUGUCAUUUGUGUUGUGAUGUGUCUUUACCUUGUUCUGUUGUAUCUUUAUCUUGUUGUGUCUUUAUCUUGUUCUGUUGUGUCUUUAUCUUGUUGUGUCUUUAUCUUGUUCUGUUGUGUCUUUACGUUGUUGUAUUGUGUCUUUAUGUCGUUGUGUUGUGUGUUUAUUGUGUUGUGUCUACGUUGUUCUGUUGUGUCUGUACCUUGUUGUGUUGUGUCUUUAUAGUGUUCUGUUGUGUCUUUGUUAUUCUGUUGUGUCUUUAUGUUGUUCUGUUGUGUCUAUGUUGUUCUGUUGUGUCUUUAUGUUGUUGUGUUGUGUGUUUAUGUUCUGUGGUGUCUUUAUGUUGCUGUGUUCUGUCUUUAUGUUGUUCUGCUGUGUGUUUAUGUUCUGUUGUGUAUUUAUGUUGUUGUGUGGUAUCUUACUGUUGUUGUGUUGUGUUUUUAUGUUGUCGUGUCUCUAUUUUCUGUUGUGUGGUAUAUUUCUGUUGUUGUGUGGUAUCUUUUUGUUGUUGUGUUGUGUCUUUAUGUUGUCAUGUCUAUGUUUUGUUGUGUCUUUCUGUUGUGUUGUGUCUUUAUGUUGUCAUGUCUCUAUAUGUUCUCUUGUGUCUUUAUGUUGUUGUGUGGUAUCUCUCUGUUGUUGUGUUGUGUCUUUAUAUUGUAGUGUUGUGUCUUUAUGUUGUUGUGGUAUCUUUCUGUUGUGUUGUGUCUUUAUGUUGUAAUGUUGUGUUUUUACGUUGUUGUCUUGUGUUGUGUCUUUAUGUUGUACUGUUGUGUCUUUAUGUUGUAGUGUUGUGUCUUUAUGUUGUGUCUUUAUGUUGUUGUCUUGUGUUGUGUGUUUAUGUUGUUGUGUUGUCUUUAUGUUGUUAUGUUUGUCUUUCUGUUGUUGUGUUGUUGCUUUAUGUUGUCGUCUUGUGUCUUUAUGUUGUUCUGUUGUGUCUUUAUGUUGUAGUGUUGUGUCUUUAUGUUGUUCUGUUGUGUCUUUAUGUUGUUGUGUCGUGUCUUUCUGUUGUUGUGUUGUAUGUUUCUUUUGUCAUCUUGUGUCUUUAUGUUGUUCUGUUGUGUCUUUAUGUUGUAGUGUUAUGUCUUUCUGUUGUUGUGUUGUAUCUUUCUGUUGUCGUCUUGUGUCUUUAUGUUGUAGUAUUGUGUCUUUCUGUUGUUGUGUUGCGUCUUUAUGUUGAGGUCUUGUGUCUUCAUGUUGUGUUGUGUCUUUCUGUUGUUGUGUUGUGUUGCGUCUUUAUGUUGAGGUCUUGCGUCUUCAUGUCGUGUUGUGUCUUUCUGUUGUACCGCUGUGUUUUUAUAUUGUUGUGUUGUGUCUUUAUAUUGUGUUGUAAAGAUGUUGUGUGUGUUCCUGUUGUUGUGAGUGUAUGUGGUUGUGUUGUGUAGUGUAAUGGACUAUCUGGGCCAUGGUACAUAUCUGUCUUUGAGGUAUUGUGCUCCUUUUGUUCUCUUCCUGAUUUGCACACACUUUCUUUGAUGAAUGUUGCGUUGCUUUACUGAGUUAGUUGUCAGUAACAUCCCCCAAACAACCUUCUUCAUGAUAAUCACAUGACCCCUUCAAGUCCAGGGGAAAAAAGGGCGCUACAGAAACAAUCUUCAGUACACGACGAAAGGGAGAAAUGAGCAUGUUUGAAAAGAGUUGUACAAUUUCCCACUGUCUGUGAAGCAUGCAUUGAAAGUGGUAUUACAUUUUUGAAACACACUUCAUAACA